AUGGUACUCGACCAAGUCCGCGUUUCUACGCGGCACACGCUUAACUGCGCCAAUGAGGCGACACUCGCCGCUGUCGAGUCCCCUUUUAGCCUAGGGCCGAUGGAUCACACCGUCUCAUCUAUGUUGAACAUAGAAGCAAUACUCAUCUACAGAAAGCCGGAAGCAAUGCCAGCCGAUAACUUCCUCGUGGUCGAACGCUUAAAGCUAGCUGCAUCCCACCUCCUCGACUACUACCCGCACCUCACUGGCCGUCUGCAGCAGAAUCCGAUCACACAAGCUCCCGAGAUUGGUAGCCUGGGCACUGGCGCUGAACUUUGGGAGGCACAAUGCCCUAGAACUCUCACAAGCAUCGUGGUCUCUGCUCUCUCCGCCCGUAUCUUGGUCUUCAAUCUGCCCGAUUCUGGUAAUGCUAUUCUUCCAAUCUUUUAUUCGACAGUGGGAUCUGUCUCCCACAACCCUAUCUUCGCCAUCCAACACACCCGCUUCGGCUGUGGAGGGGUUGCACUAGGCAUUCGUGUUCAUCACCAAGUCUGCGAUGCCACUGGGUUUAUGCAGCUCGUGCGUGACCUCGUCGAGAUCUACAAACAAAUCCGCGACUCUGCUCCGCCAACACUUGUAUCUCCCCCCGAGAUUUUCUCACAUUUUCGCGGAACGCAAAGCCCAUCGCCUAGCCAGAAAGAGAAAGCGCUUGCGUUCGACCCUCCAAACUUUUACCUCGACGAAACCAGCAUUGUUACGCCCAACGUUUCAGAACCUCCCUCCCUCCAUACUUCUCUUCUCCGCUUUCAUGGUGAAACCCUGAUUUCACUCAAGACUGCUGCGACCGACCCCAACGCCUCGGGGCAGAUCUUGUUUACCAGAUUCGAGCUCGUCUCAGCCUAUCUGUACCAGCGGAUUUACCAAGCCAGGAUUCAGGUUCUGCACAACAAGGGGAUUACACCAGACCCCGACGCUCUACAGUCACUUCGCCAAUUUGGAACAACCAUGGACAUGCGUGACCCCACCCGUUUGAAGCUUCCCGCACGCUACUUCCCGAACGCCGUCUACUGCGCCUCCACUUCCGCCUCCCACGAAUUACUCACAAAGGGCGCCCUCUGGGAGGUUGCACAGGUUAUUCAUGAUGCCAUUCACUCAGUGGAUAUGGAUUUAGUCAAGCAAGAGUUCGAAUGGAUUGCCGCACAGCCCAACAAAAGUCACAUCAGGUUGAAGAAGAUAUUUCCACGCAGUUCCCUCAUCGCCACCCAGUGGACUAAGGGGAAGAUAUACGUUGGUGUUGACUUUGACGUCACCGCCGGUGGCAAGCGCAUCUCCCCUUCUCUGGUGUCCCCAGCUUUCAGUGAAGGUUACCAGGUCGAUGGUUUGGCGAUGAUGUUGUCUACCGAGGAGGAGGUGCCCCGCCGCCAGAGAAAACGUUCUUUGGGUCGUGCCAAUCUCCCGUACGCCGUUGACGUGAAUCUGACUCUGGAUGAGUCGGUGUGGAAUGUUCUGAGCACUGACCCCGAGUUCGUCGCUCUCUAUCCCAGGCACCUAAUUUGUGCUUCCCCACCAACCUCGGUUUAG